UGAUCAUAGAUUCCUUAAAUAUCUUUGAAGGACUAUAAUUUUUCAUAAUUAAUUUUAAAAAAUUAAGUUACAGUAACCGCUGUAAAAUAUUUAUUCAUUCUAAAUAAUUUUACAGGAGCGCACUUAAUUAUUUGUAAAUUGUACAAUUUAUAUUGGAGAAAACGAUACUACGCCAAUGUGUCAUUUAAUAUAUUGAGUAACGCGUUAAACGCACAAAAAUAGGUUAUGUUUAGUAACAUAGAAGUUUAAAAAAUAAGAUUUCUAUUAUGGAUAUAAAAAAAGAAGUGGAUCUAUAUCGUGAUACACCUAUUAGAUAUUUAGGAUAUGCAAAUGAAAUUGGAGAAGCUUUUAGAUCUAUAGUUCCAAAUUCAAUUGUAUGGUUUAGUUAUGCUAUAUCCAGUGGAUAUGUUUUUGCAGACACAAUUAAUAAUGGCCUUAAAGCUUAUCAAGCAAAAUAAUGUAGCUCCAAAAGCAACAAAAAAUAUUGCACUUUCUAUGUCAGAUACCUUACUAUGGCAAUCGUUUGCAUCUGUGAUUGUGCCUGGUCUCACAAUUAAUAGAAUUUGUGCUGCUGUUCAAUUUAUACAAAAAAGAAAUAAUGCGUUCUUAAAAAAUAGAUGGAUUCCAACUAUUAUUGGUUUAGCAUCUAUACCUUUCAUAAUACACCCAAUAGAUAAUCUAGUAGAAGAAACAAUGAAUGUUACAUACAGAAGAUGGAUAGGAUACUGCCCAAAAUGA